UGUGUACUGAUAUAUUUACCCAAACUGGAGUACAUUCUUGUGUGCAAGAAGUGAACAUGGAGAAACACUGGUCGGUGGUUUGUGCGCUGAUUUUAACACUCUGUGCAUUUGUGCACUUUAACAUGGUUUUUGCUGCAGAUGCGGAUGACCAUUUAACAGCCAAGCCAGGACUGUGUCCUCGCAGGCACUGGGGUGCAGGGCUGUGUGCUGAAUUUUGCUCUAAUGACAGUGACUGCCCCGAUCAUGAGAAGUGCUGCUACAAUGGAUGUGGACAUGAGUGCAUGGCACCAUACACAGUGAAGCCGGGCCGCUGUGCUCUGCCCACGGGAAGCGUCACGUGUGCUGAGUACUGUUAUCAUGAUGGUCAGUGUCCAGGAGAGCAGAAGUGCUGCAAGACAUCCUGCGGCCACGCCUGCAGUAAGCCCUGCUGAUUGGACAGCCAGCGGCUCUGCUACACAUGUGCACUCACAGAAAAUGUCAUUCGCAAUGAGACAUUUAAUCAUGAGCACAUUUUCUACCUUUUCAACUCCAUAGUAGCACACUGUAGUACAACAUUUGAGUCCUGGUUUGCACAAAGUUUGAUUCUUUCAGGGUGAGAGUAAAUUGCUCUCCUUAAUGUAGUGAAGAAGCCAUGUUAUAUGCCUAUACUUUAAGUACAUGCAAAAAUCUGCAAUUUUUUGUAAAUGCAUGUAGGUAUGGAGCAAUUUGUGUUUCUUUGUAUUUCAACCAAUAAACGUGUUUCCAGAACCUA